ACGCGUCACAUGUCCACCAAACAGGGAAGUGGAUUCUGAAACAGAACCAGGGCCGAGCUUGUGCCUUAUUUCCCCCACGGAGGAACUCGCUAACCGCAUUUCACGGUGUUAUAAGGCGCAGAACUGCGGCCACACACGGACAGAAUCGGCAGUUUGCAGCUGAAUUCUGAAAAAUGGCCUCAAAUCGCUUCCUCCGCUCGACGUUCCUCCGCCGCCUCCUCAUCUGCGUCACCUUGUGGAGCCACCUGAGCAGCGGAGCGUCCGGUUCUUACCGGAGACCCAACGUCGUUCUCAUCCUCACCGACGACCUGGACGUCGCUAUCGGAGGACUGAAUCCGCUGAGCAAGACAAAAAAGCUCAUUGGUGAUGCAGGAAUAUCGUUCACGAAUGCAUUCGUUGCCAGCCCGCUGUGCUGCCCAAGUCGAGCCAGCAUCCUUACGGGAAAGUACCCCCACAACCACCACGUCAUCAACAACACCUUGGAGGGAAACUGCAGCAGCACAGCCUGGCAGAAGAGCGAGGAGGACCACACCUUCCCCGCCCUGCUGAGGAGCUACGCUGGAUACCAGACCUUCUUCGCUGGGAAAUACCUCAACCAGUAUGGACACGCUGAGGCUGGUGGGGUUGAACACGUUCCUCCAGGUUGGAGCUACUGGGUCGGACUGGAGAAGAACUCUAAAUACUACAACUACACUCUGUCUGUGAACGGGAAAGCUCAGAAACAUGGAGCUGAAUACAGCAAAGACUAUCUGACAGACGUACUGGCCAACAUGUCUCUGGACUUCCUCCAGUAUAAAUCCAGCUACCAGCCCUUCUUCAUGAUGGUUUCCACUCCGGCCCCCCACUCCCCCUGGACAGCAGCUCCCCAGUACCAGGACCGGUACAACAGCACCAAGGCCCCCAGAGACCCCAACUUCAACGUCCACGGGAAGGACAAACACUGGCUGAUCAGACAGGCUAAAACUCCCAUGACCAACUCGUCUGUUCAGUUUCUGGAUGAUGCCUUCAGGAAACGGUGGCGAACUCUACUGUCAGUGGACGACCUGGUGGAGAAACUGGUGAAGAGGUUGGAGGUCAGAGGUGAACUGGACAACACCUACAUCUUCUUUACCUCUGACAACGGCUACCACACAGGCCAAUUUUCACUGCCGAUGGAUAAAAGGCAGCUCUACGAGUUUGACAUCAGAGUUCCUCUCAUGGUCAGAGGACCAAACAUCAAACCCAACCAGACCAGCAAGAUGCUGGUGGCGAACGUCGAUCUCGGUCCGACCAUCCUGGACAUCGCUGGCUACAAUGUCAACAAAACCCAGAUGGAUGGGAUGUCCUUCCUGCCUGUUAUGGAGGGGAAGGUGAACGCCAGCAGCUGGAGAACAGACAUCCUGGUGGAAUACGAAGGUGAAGGAAGCAACGUCUCUGAUCCGGCUUGUCCUCUGCUAGGACCAGGAGUGUCGGAGUGCUUCCCAGACUGUGUGUGCGAGGACUCGUACAACAACACUUACGCCUGUGUGAGAACAGUGGCCUCUUCUGCCAACCUGCAGUACUGCGAGUUUGACGACAAUGAGGUGUUUGUAGAAGUCUACAACAUGACUGCAGACCCCUUCCAGCUGAGCAACAUCGCUAAAACCAUUGACCAGGAGAUACUGGAGAAGAUGAACCAUCGGCUGAUGAUGCUGCAGUCCUGCUCCGGACAGUCAUGUCGGACCCCCGGCGUUUACGACUCGAGGUAUAGAUUCGACCCUCGACAGAUGUUCACCAGCCACAGCUGGCGGCUCAGCAAACUCCGACAGAAGAUGAAAUAAGAAGAGCGGACGAAGGACGGAGGAAGGAGGGCUGUGUCGUGUUUUACAUUCAGCCUUUCCUGCUGUUGCUGCCUUGUUUUUCGGCCUCCGGAGCCAGAAGAUGGAUGGAGAAGGGAUCAGUGGGGCGUAUUUUAGGGAAAUAUAGGUGGGUUGCCGUGGAGAUGGGAGGCCUCUCAGAGUAAAGGACCCACCUCUUAAACUUCCUGUUUGGGCCGCUGUUAAGUCAGUAAGUGUGAAAGAAAGUGAGAUUACUCGAGACUGAUUUAAAAUAGCAAGCCAUGAUUUCAAACCCUGUUUUCUUUUUAAGCGUCAUUUUGCACUGAACGUCUGCUCGGUCACCCAUUUCUAUUUAAAUCCUUUUUGUUUAAAUAUCUGGUGCAGUUUAUCCUCAGAGCAUUUGGGUGGUUCUCAGAAAAAUGGAAACUUAAGUUUACAGCUGGAAGUGGCACUAAAAUGGCAACUGUAAAGUACGUUUUACUACUAUUCUUGAUAGUUUUCUCAUUAUUCUGUAAUUGCGUUUAACAAGUCUGUCCUUUUCUUGGCUGUUGGAAGAUAUUUAAAGGAAUUAUUUUGCUCUGGGAACUUGUUAUUAAUUGAUUGUUUAAGUUGCAGCCAUGUUUAUCACUAAUUUAAAGGCAGUCUUCAGGAAUAAUUCUGGUAUUUUUAAACUGGGGCUCCAAUUUCCCAUCGUUUUCAGACAAAAUGAUCAAAAGAGACAAAAAUAUUUGGAUGUUGAGCAGUGCCUAGAUUUAAAAAUACUAAAAUUAUCCUUUAAAACACUGCUUUUCAACAUGCAGUUAAAAGGGCAGCAACACAAAAAUAUCUUUAACAAUCCAGUUAUUAGUUAAUCAAGUAAUCACAGGUUUUCAGAGCAAAGCGAUUAUUUCAAAGACCUUUAAACAGUCAAAAUAAUACAAGUUGUUACACUCAAGAUAAACCAGUAAAGGGUUAGAUUUUAGAAGAAAUUACCUAAAAUAUGCCGUUAAUUAACCCAAAUUGAUCAUUUGCAAACAGAUUAAUGGUAACUAAACCCGUUAAUCCUUCUAACUUAAUUUAUGUGUGACUUUUAACAGCCUGUGUGAAGCAACUGAAAACAUUCUAACCUCCAAAGUUGAUGAGAACCAAUCAAAUACAGCUAAAAAUUGCUUGGUACGAUCACAUUACCCUUCUGUUCAAUGAGAUUACACUCCUCUGCUGUGGGGACUAAAUAAACGUUGACCAGUACCAUCACAAAUAGCUGCACUUUGUAGUGUGAUAAUGUGGUAAAUCUAUAAAUGCUACAGUAAAUGACCGCCACUACCAAUCACUGUUGGUUGAUGUUUGGCAGAUGUUUUAAGCAAAUAUCCGAUGGACAGAAGUCUAAUGUGAUCGUAAAGAACCAGAAAGAAGCUCCCUUACCCUAUGAGAUAAAAAAGAGAAACAGAAGGAGAAGUUUACUAGAAAACACAUCAACGGCCGUCUUUCCACUGCAGGAAAUCGAGGCAGGAGCCAACAUUUAUAGCUUAGUUACGGUGUAGGAUCCGCUGGGCUCUCAAGGUGAUGAUAAUUUUGCAUUAAAACAACAACAACUACUAGUUACUGGAUGUUUUAUGAGCACAUACGAAACAGUAGAGUGGAAGCCUUUGUUGUAAUUCAGCUGCCUCUCCAGGGAGUCUUUCCUCCAAUGGACAGACUCCAACUCUUCCAUCUUGGACUGCAGCUGGCGAUGCUGGAGGACCACCAACCACCAACCAGAACCAUCUAGUAGAUGGAGAACUGGUUCGAUUGCAGAGCUGAACAAGAACACCAUGAAGUCCAUGACGAGCCGGUCGACUACCAUCGCUGGUUAGAGUCCAAAACAGAGGAGUUGGAGCGUCGUUGUAGGACGACAAACACACUGGAGAAGCAGCUGAAUAACGUGGAGAACCACCACAACCUGCAGGUAUGAAAACAGAUUCACAGCAAACACCAAAAUGGAUAUUAAUCACUAGUUUUAGAAAUUUGUAGUAAAAUCAGGGAGACAACGGUGAUUGGUGAGUUUAACGUUGAGUUGAAGUGACAGUCAAGCAUAUUAGUGGAGAAAAUUCAGAUUUUUAUCGUGAUUCUACCUCAACAAAAGCAUCAUUUGAUCUUAAGGCCUAUCGUCCACCUUUAUUGGAGAAAACCAAGAUGGUUGCCAUUUGUUGGGUAAGCUUUUUUGGAAAUAUUGCGUUCUUGAUGGCAAUAUUUAGGGAAAAAAACUGCCACUCCAAGAAGGCUGAAAAAUGGCGCCAUUUAUCCAAGUUUAACCUAUCAGCACUGAGCUUCAGUUGGCAGAUUUUUAGGCUCAUCUACCCAAAAAUAGGCCAUUUUUUCUACUGGUCCUGAAAAAAAAAACGUCCCAUAGUUGCUGCAUCAAACUGACCUACGAGUUCCUGCAGUGGAAACCUGUAAUUAUCUACCAGAAAUCAGUGCCUUGUAACCCAUAGAAACAACAUUAACCAAAACCUGUAAUUACCCUGCAGCCGUUACUGUUCCAUUAACAUCAGACUGACAGCAGCCAGCACGAGGUGUGAUGGAGGCUUCAGAAUAAAGGUCACAAACGGCAUUUCCCUGCAAGAGUUUUACAUAUUUUUGUUAGAAAUGAUCAGAUAUUGCAUUUAAAUUAGACAAGUGGUUGGCUUCAGUUUAACUCUCAGAAAAGCACCUUUGUUGGCUGUCUGACUAAAAGAAACCCCGAAUAUAAGUGUAUAAAUCUGAUUUACCGGCUCAUUUAAACUGACUUUCAUGUCCUUUAAUAUCAUUUUAGCACAUUUUUCUUAUAAACAGAAGCAUCUUUGCUAUUCAUGAGAUUAAUAAUAGUCAUUACGUUGUGUUUUUCUUGAAAUAAUCUUUUGUCCCUGGAUUUGAAUUGAUCAGUGUGCUGAUAUAUUUCAGUUUAACUUUCUAUGUUUAGGGAAAACUAACAAUUUAAAUGAAGUCUUUCACUAAUAAUUUCAUGUUUUUAGCAUUGAGCUGAAAUUAACUUUGGUACAGAAUGAACAGCCUAAUGGGAAGGAGGAAGCAACAAACAGGUGCCAAAAGACGUCCUCUUUCAAUCAGCUCAGCUUUAGAUCAGUUGGUUUUCAUUAUUUUAUUUAUUUUAGUUUAUAGGUCAGAUGUGGGAACGUUUAAGACCAAAUAAAGAAUUUUAAUUGAUCUGUAAACAUUUAAUGUUAAAAUAAAGAAAAAUAUAUAUAUAUAUCUUUUGUCAGCUCACCUCCUUCAAACUUCAAGGGAACUUAUUUUUUUUACUUUGGAUCAUGUUUAUUUUUAUGCCAUAAAACACUUUUAUACAAAAAAAGUAACUUCCUAAAAUCCUUUUGUGGCCGCAAUUUGAUAUUUCUUACUUUUAAAACUCAAAACGCUGGGGAUCUUUCAAAGCUGAUAUAUUUUAGAUUUAAGGUACCAUAUAAACAUUUGGGAAACAUGCAGGAUUUCGACAUCACACUUGUUUAUCUGUCAUGGAUUAGCUUAGCUUAGCAUUAAAACUCUCAACAAUCAAACAAAAUCUUCCUUCUAGCACCUCUAAAGUGACGAUUAGUGAGCUUUAGCUGUGCUGGUCUAAUCGUUGAAAGUCUUUUUGCUACAUUAAGCUAACAGUCUCCCAGCUGUAGCAGGCCAGAGACUGAUAGCUUAGCUAAGCAUGAAAACUGACAACAAUUGAACAAAAUCCUCUUUUCAGCACCUCUAAAAUGGUAAUUAGUGACUAGCUAUGUUGGUCAUCCUCAUUCCCAGUCUUUAUACUAAGCUAACAGUCUCCCAGCUGUAGCAAACCACUGACUGAUUAGCUUAGCUUAGCAUAAAAACUGACAUUCAAGCAAAAUCCUCCUACCACCACCUUUAAAGCCCCUGAGGUAAUAAUUAUUGAACCUUAGAUCUAAAAUAGUCAGAAAUGUGUUCUCAGUCUUUAAGCUCCUGACUGUAGUUAGCCGGUAGUUAAUUAGCUUAGCAUAGCAUAAAGACUGGGAACAAAAUCUGUCUACCAUUACCUCUAAAAAGACAAUUAACAAGUUUUAGAGGUGAUAUUAGACAGAGUUAGGCAAGCUCUUCCCCCUUGUUUGCAUUCUUUAUGCUAACCUAAGGGUCUCCUGACUGGAGUUACCCAGUAGCUAAUUAAAUUAGCCCAUCAUAAAGUCAACAAUUUAACAAAAUCACCUGACCAGCAUCUCUAAAGCUUCUAAAGUGAAUUAGCAAGUAUUAGCGCUGCUUUCCCCCUUGUUCCCAGUCUUUACGUUAAGCUAUGCUAAUAGUCUCCUGGCCUUAGCUAGCCAUUGGCUACUUAGCUCAUUAUGAAGUUUGACAACAAAAUCUUCUCACCAGCACCUUGAAAUUGACAAUUGGUGGACUGUAGAAGUGCCAGUAGUCUGAGCCAGGAGAACGGUUUCUGAUUGUUCAAAGAUUUUAUGCUAAGCUAAGCCAAGCUAAGGUUCUCCUGGCUGUACCUAGCCAGUAGCUGAUUACCUUAGCUUUGUAUGAGUGACACCAAUCAACAAAAAUUUAUCUUCCAGCACCUUAAAGCCUCUAAAGUGAUAACUGCUAAGCCUUAGAUCUGCUUUUCAACUUGUUCCCGGUCUUUAUGCUAAGCUAAACUAAGCUAACAGUCUCAUGGAUAUAGCUUUACAUUUAAUCAAAGAAAGUGAAUCUGUAGGAGGUUUGUCUCCCAAAAUGGUGAAUUAUUUCUCAAAGGCUGCCUGUGAAAGACUUCAGAGGGAAAUUCUCGAGUACUAAACGGAGGAAGGUGAUGUUCACAAACUUUUCUUCGACUUACAUCUGCUUGAUAUUUGUUGUAAACGAUGGAAUCUGUUUUUGUGUGUUUAUUUUGGUUAAAAAGUAUUUUUAUUACUGACAAACACACAUACAAACCGGCUGUGAAGCUCUGUUGCUACCGUUGUUCUUGGAUAACAAUCGUAUGUUAAUGCAGCUCUUUCUUCCUCUGGAUUCAACCUGAUCCGACUCAUGACUGGAUUGAAAUUAACGUUUGGUGUGAAUAAACUCCUUCCGAGGCCACCGGACUGAACGUUUACGCUACAGUAUGUGAUUAAUUUUAACACCGAUUCACUUUGUUUCAAUUCACUGAUGCACUUUCCAAUCUGUCAGAACUGUUUGUUGUUUUGGCACCCUUUAGUUUUAUUUUUCAGAGUAGUUUUUGAUGAUGAUGAUGUAUUUUUGGCUUGUGAUUUUGUCCAAAUAAAGAGAUUCUCAAGAGA